CCUGGAUCCGGGCGCGGCUUUUGAAGGAAAACUGUCAUGGUGAGACCCGGGCUUUCCGCUGCCGCCGCCGCCGCAGCGGAAGAGCGGCAAAGAAAGCUCCAGGAAUAUUUAGCAGCCAAGGGAAAACUGAAGGAACAAAACACCAAGCCUUAUCUGAAAGCCAAGAAUAAUUGCCUGAAACCUCCACCUUCUAAAUCUACUGCUGGACCCCAGAGGCAUGUUACCCAGCAUGCCGUUCUGCCUGGCAAAGCCACRAGACCCAUUACCACUAAACUCCAGCCUAGAUCAGCCAACAUCAGAGAGUCCCAGAAGCCAAAGCUGGAGCCACCAAAUCUUCAGGGAAAAAGACCGACCUCAAAAUGUCCUGCUUCUAACCCAAACUGGGAACUUUCCAGCAAGAGUCACCAGCAGCACAAAGCUGGGCCAUCUGCUGCAGGAGAGCUGUCAAGAAAACCCACCAGGUCACCUGACACACAAGAGCARCAGGGAGUGGGUCAAGGAAAUGCUCCAUGUACAGACCGUGUGGAUGGCACCCAUGUUGAAAAUGAACCUGAGGGUGGCUUUUUAAAAGAGACAAACAAAGAGAACUUGCCACACACCUUAUUGGUACCUGAGAAGAAGCCAGACCCCGAACUGUGUUCCAUGAGUAAGCCAAAGACCAACUCUCAUGGUCAAACCAAGAGCAGUUUGGCUCCUCAGCAAGCCCUGGGAAGAAGUUUGGGGAAUCAUGCUGUUCUGAAAGACAGGGUUAAUAAGCAGUUUGUUAGAAAAAAACACAUCAAUACUGUACCACUGAAGUCACAGCAGCUCUCUAGGGGAGCAAAUCUUGCAAGACCAGGAGAAAAACCCUUGAGGACAGUUUCUUCUCACUUUGUGCAGACCCUUAGUCAGACUCAAGCAUCAAAGAAGCCAGUGGUCAAGGACAUAAAGAGUAUAAARGCUGAAAGGGCUAAAUACAUACGGUCAUACUCUGUUAAUGAACAGGAAUCAAGACAUACCAAACCCAGGGUAUACCCCGACUUACACCAGGGAGAACUUCAACAGAGACCUGCAAGCACCAAGCAAGACAGGAAGUCCACACAACCUUGUUCUAGACCUCAGGCACCUUGUGGACUGCACAAAACAAGAGCUGUAAGCCAGAAGCCCCMCCUGAUAACUGGCAGGCUUAAUUCAGUUGUUCCAAGCACUCCCAACAUAAGAGCAAAUGGAACCAAUGACAAUAAGUACAAAAACUUUGAACAGAAAGCACGGACUGUGGACUCCAAGUUGAAGAAGGCUUUUCCCCAGAGCCAUUUUCUGAACAAGACAGCUCCCAGAACUCAAGCUGGACUCACAGCCAUUCGUGGGAGAGAAGUCCCAAGGAGGACCCAAACUAACCCAAACACCCAAAAGAGAGUGACAGCAGAGGACCGAAGGAAACAACUAGAAGAAUGGCAGAAAUCUAAGGGGAAAAUCUAUAAGCGGCCUCCUAUGGAACUUAAAACAAAAAGAAAAGUAAUAGAAGAAAUGAAUAUUUCAUUCUGGAAGAACAUUGAAAAAGAAGAGGAAGAAAAGAAAGCCCAGUGGGAGCUGUCCAGGAAAAUCAACAGCACUCUGACCCAAUGCCUGCAGCUCAUCGAGGGGGGUGUCUUUUCUAAUGAAGUAUUUACCAUAUUAUCCAGCAUUCCCGAGGCUGAAAAGUUUGCUAAAUUCUGGAUCUGCAAAGCAAAGCUACUGGCAAGUAAAGGCACYUUUGAUGUCAUCGGGCUCUACGAAGAGGCCAUUAGAAAUGGGGCCACGCCAAUACAAGAGUUGCGGGAAGUUGUUCUUAAUAUUUUACAAGAGUCAGCCAGAACCACAGAAGGUGUUAGCUCUGAUGCUUUAGUUGCUGAAACUAAUAUCACUUCAGUGGAAGAGCUGGUCAACAAGAUGGAUCCUGGACAGCCCUUUCCUGCAGAAGAGAGGGACCAGGCCACGGCAGCACCCCCAAUACCCCAGGCAGAGCAGCAUGGGCAUGYUGGCAUCAAAUUACAGAUCGCCCCCAUCCCAAGAAUAAAUGGGAUGCCCGAAGUACAGGACAUGAAGCUCAUCACUCCCGUGCGACGGUCGGCCAGGAUCGAGCGCGCCAUCUCCCGCUACCCAGAGAUGCUGCAGGACCAUGACCUGGUGGUGGCUUCUCUGGACGAGCUGCUGGACGUGGAAGAAACAGAGUGCUUUAUAUUCCGUAAAAAUGAGGCUUUGCCUGUGACAUUAGGGUUCGAGAUGCUUGACUCAUAAUUUCUUGACUUUUUUUAAAAAAAGRUAUGUCAGAACCUCCAUGAGAUAAGAAAUGUCCUUGUCCAGAUGACCUGAAAAAAAUGUAUGAUGGUGAGACAUCAUGAUGGUGCAGAUCGUGGCCUCUCGGAGCUGGGAGUAGCAACCUGCCUUACUCUCAACUUCAUAUCCCCCAGGAAGGUCUGGGGUGUUAGGUGCUCUGAAGCACGUGAGUUUUAACUCUAUUUGCCACCAUUUUGCAGCAUACAUAAGGUUCACAAUGUUGAAUGCUGGUUACUCUACAAGCGUUGAGAGCCAUGCCCCUGGCAUUUUGCCAGAAGUAAUGGUUGAGAGGCGAGCCAUUAAGAUGAUAUUGGAUUGAAACAGGCUUUGUAUUCAAUUGUAUGUAGACCCCUGCUGUCCGACUGGGGUGCUUUGGAGAACUUUGGAGUUCUCGAGGGAUUCCUGGGGAGUUCGAGUUGGUUGGUGAGGUUCCAGUGUAGGGAGUUCCAGUUGGUAUGUGGUGUCACUGGAAGGACCAUGUGGGUGGCGUUUGGGGGAGUUCAGAAAUAAAGUUUGUUCCUGCUUGAGUGGCUCGUGAUUUGUGCCCAGCCAGACUGCAGCAUACAAGUGUGGAAAAAGUUUGCACUUUACCAGUCURCUUUAACCCUUGUAGUUAUUUUUAUCUCAAGGGUCAAUGCCACAGUGUGGUGGACUUGCCCUUUGGCGUCCACCUCAGCAGG